CAUGGCCACCAAAAUUCAGUUCCAUCAUAUUUCAUUGGCAUUAUUUUUCUGUUUGGGAUUCUUGGCUUUUCAAGUCGCAUCUCGCACUCUCCAAGAUGCAUCCAUGUAUGAGAGGCACGAACAAUGGAUGGCUCGUUAUGGCAAGGUGUAUAAGGAUCCUGAGGAAAAGGAAAAACGUUUCAGGGUAUUUAAGGAAAAUGUGAAUUACAUUGAAGCCUUCAACAAUGCUGCCAAUAAACCUUACAAGCUAGGCAUUAAUCAAUUUGCAGACCUCACCAGCGAGGAGUUCAUUGUGCCAAGAAAUGGAUUCAAUGGGCACAUGCGUUCCUCAAACACAAGAACAACCACUUUUAAGUAUGAAAAUGUGACUGUGCUACCAGACUCAAUAGAUUGGAGACAGAAAGGAGCAGUUACACCCAUCAAGAACCAAGGCUCAUGUGGAUGUUGUUGGGCGUUUUCUGCUAUUGCAGCAACUGAAGGAAUUCAUAAGAAAAGUACAGGAAAAUUGGUCUCUCUCUCAGAACAGGAAGUUGUUGAUUGUGACACAAAGGGUACAGACCAUGGUUGCGAGGGUGGUUAUAUGGAUGGUGCUUUCAAAUUCAUCAUUCAAAAUCAUGGAAUUAACACUGAAGCCAGUUACCCUUACAAGGGUGUUGAUGGAAAAUCCAAUAUAAAGGAAGAAGCGGUCCACGCUGCUACCAUCACUGGCUAUGAAGAUGUCCCUAUUAACAAUGAGAAGGCACUGCAAAAAGCCGUAGCAAAUCAACCAGUUUCUGUAGCCAUUGAUGCCAGUGAUGCUGAUUUUCAAUUUUACAAGAGCGGUAUUUUCACUGGUUCAUGUGGAACUGAGUUAGAUCACGGUGUCACUGCUGUGGGAUAUGGUGAAAACAAUGAAGGAACUAAGUAUUGGUUGGUUAAGAACUCAUGGGGAACCGAGUGGGGUGAAGAAGGCUACAUUAUGAUGCAGAGGGGUGUGAAAGCUGUGGAAGGAAUCUGUGGCAUAGCUAUGAUGGCAUCUUACCCUACUGCAUAA